ACUAACGGACACUACACUUCCCACGUUAUCAUCUUUCUCUCUCCUCGGUUUUCUCUCUCUAAACCAACCAACAAUGGCUGCCAACCUUUCCUUUCUUCAAUUCUCAUCCCCGAUCCUUCAAUCGAAGGACUGCAGAAGAAAAUUAGCCCCCGCUGUUAAUUUCAAGUCCAAUGGGGUGAGCUGCUCGUACUCGAGUAAUGGUAGAGGAGGUCCCAAAGACGACGCCGUAAAGGAAGUGGAGAAGCUUCUAGAAGAGAAACGUAGGGCUGAGCUGUCAGCCCGUAUUGCCUCCGGCGAAUUUACCGUUGAAAAGCCUAGCUUUGGUUCACAACUGAAAGACGGUUUGUCAAAAUUGGGCUUGCCCGAAGAGGUGCUUGGAUUCGUAUUCAAUUUUAGUGGUGGACCAAACAAUUUAAAGAUUCCAGAGGCAAGAGGUUCAAUCAGUGCCAUUACAAACGAGCCGUUUUUCAUUCCCUUGUACGAGCUUUUUCUAACAUACGGUGGAAUUUUUAGGCUAACGUUUGGUCCCAAGUCAUUCUUGAUAGUGUCGGAUCCUUCAAUUGCCAAACAUAUAUUGAAAGACAAUCCAAAAUCUUAUUCGAAGGGCAUUUUAGCUGAAAUUCUUGAUUUUGUGAUGGGGAAAGGACUUAUACCUGCUGAUGGGGAGAUAUGGCGUGUUAGAAGACGGGCUAUAGUACCUGCGCUGCAUCAGAAGUUUGUGGCUGCAAUGUUUGGCCUAUUUGGAGAAGCGACAGAUAGACUGUGCAAAAAGCUUGACGCUGCUGCAGCUGAUGGUGAAGAUGUAGAGAUGGAGUCCCUUUUUUCUCGUUUGACUUUAGAUAUCAUCGGUAAAGCUGUCUUCAAUUAUGAUUUCGACUCUUUAAGUGUAGACACUGGAAUUGUAGAGGCUGUGUAUACUGUACUAAGAGAAGCAGAAGACAGAAGUGUUGCACCGAUUCCAUUUUGGGAGAUUCCGAUAUGGAAGGAUAUUUCCCCAAAGCUUAAGAAGGUUAACACAGCUCUCAAGCUGAUUAAUGACACACUAGAUGAUCUGAUUGCAAUUUGUAAGAAAAUAGUAGACGAUGAAGAAUUGCAGUUUCAUGAGGAAUACAUGAAUGAACAAGAUCCUAGUAUUCUUCAUUUCCUAUUAGCAUCUGGUGAUGAUGUCUCGAGCAAGCAACUCCGUGAUGAUUUAAUGACAUUGCUCAUAGCUGGACAUGAAACAUCGGCUGCUCUGCUGACGUGGACCUUCUAUCUUCUUUCACAGGAUCCUAGUGUUAUGGCCAAGCUUCAAAAUGAGGUGGACUUAGUUCUAGGUGAUAGAAUUCCCACUGUUGAAGAUAUGAAGAAGCUCAAAUAUACAACUAGAGUAAUUAAUGAGUCAUUAAGACUCUAUCCGCAACCACCUGUUUUGAUUCGCCGCUCCCUCGAAGAGGACGUACUUGGAAAGUACCCAAUUAAAAGGGGUGAAGAUAUUUUCAUCUCUGUGUGGAAUCUUCAUCGCAGCCCUAAUCAUUGGGAAGAUGCUGACAAAUUCAAUCCCGAAAGAUGGCCUUUAGAUGGUCCAAAUCCCAAUGAGACAAACCAGAAUUUCAGUUACUUGCCCUUUGGUGGAGGACCAAGAAAAUGUAUUGGAGAUAUGUUUGCUUCAUUUGAGAAUAUUGUAGCGGUGACAAUGCUUGUUCGUAGAUUCGACUUCCAAUUAGCCCUCGGAGCACCUCCUGUGAAAAUGACUACAGGGGCAACUAUUCACACAACGGAAGGUUUGAAGAUGACAGUUACACCAAGGAGAAGAGCUCCGAUAAUUCCAAAUUUAGACAUUCCGACUGUGAACGUGGACUCGUCGCUGAACUUUCCGGAGGCUACAACAGUCCCGAUUCAGAAAGACCAGGUCUCCCCUGUGGUUUCAUAGUUAUAAUUGUGCAUAUAUACAUUGGAUUAUUUAUUGAAUAAAGUAAAUAUAGUAAGGAGCAUAUAUCGCUUGCCCAAAUAAUAUAUAUACAUUGUUGUAACGCGACACAUUUCAUUCCACUUGCUCCAGUAGAUGUUUCAAAAAUCAUUUUGUUACUUCGUCAA